GCUGCGAGCACUUUCUGCCGCCUGCUGAUGCCAUAACACAACUCGCAAUUCAGACGGGAGGAUCUCAUCCUGACAGAGGAGACGAAGAAUGAUUUUCCUAACGACGUUUUUAUUGUUUUCAUGUCUCGGUAGUUUGACAGAGACGAACUCAGCGGAUUUACCGAGGAUGACGUUCACAGACAGAGAGACCACAAUGAAAAGGCUCCCUAUACCUGGGGACAAUGUACCUGUGCAGAUUCUUCUGGGUGGAGAACCAGACACUGUCACAGCAGCUGCACAGAAACACCUGAUUACAUUCAACUUUCGAAAUCCUCUGAAGAAGCCCGUGGAGAAAAUGCUGUUAUGGGAGGAAUGCAAAGGCAGUAGACUUCCAUCAACAGAGUGCAACUAUAACAUCACCGUGGUCCACAAGAGGAAGGAGGCCAACAAGGUGUUUGUGUGUGGGACGGAUGGCAGGGAAACCAUGUGCUGUGACAUGGAUUUAUCGCAGCAGUCACCUAUGUGCGUUUCCUCUGAAAACAUGAACAGCAUCAAAGGAAGCAUAAGGGAAUUUGCCAUAAAGGAAGGUGAACCAUCUAUCCUUGAGGAAUCAGGACUAGGUGCAGACCUCUACAUUACAAACUCUGGAUCUCAUCAGUAUGUUGGCAUCCACAAGUUUGGGAGAAACAGAGUAGGACCAGCAAACCAAAAUAAAGAGCAGCAUUAUGUUGGCUUGGUGCUCAGCAGACGGAAAGACGAUCACCUUCAGGACAAAGUUUACGCCUUCUACAAUGAGCGGAAUAAAGACACAGGCUUGCACAGUGACAUGUGGCUCCCUUUUGUGACCCAGGUUUGCAUGGCAGAUACUGGUGGUCCUAAGAACAUCCUGCAGUUUACAUGGACGUCCCAGUUGAACGCCAAGCUCUUCUGUGGAGACACUGACAGCAGACAGUACUUCUCUGAGCUGGUGGAUUUGGCUACUGUGCAUGCAGACCAGUGGCAGGAUACCAGAGUUUACGCACUCUUUAAAAAUGAAUGGGGUAUGAGUGCUGUGUGUGUCUACACAAUACAAGAUAUCCAUAAGGUUUUUAAAACCUCCCCAUUUAAAGGUGCCCAAGGGAACAGGGGAAGAGAGUGUGUUCCAGACAGUACAAAGAUUUCUUUAGACACCCUGAGGAUGAUCGAGAGCACUUCAGAGAUGCAGGACUGGAUUCGGCCUGCGAGAGACUUUGGCCCACUUCUCUUUAAACACCACAGCUACACUCACAUCUACGUUAGCGACCUCCAACACAGCAGGAACAAUCAGCACCCGGUUCUGUUUCUGUCUCUGAGUAAUGGGGCAAUUCAUAAGGUCAUAAAUCAUAAGAAUCAAACCUUUGUCAUCGCUGAGUAUCAACCUUUCAACCAAAAAACACAUGUCCUGAGCAUCAUCCUUCACCCUUCCUCUAGGAAGCUGUAUGUAAAUUCCAAAAGGGAAUUGGUCCAGCUUGAUGUGGCAAACUGUGGCCAGUAUGGAGACGGAUGUGAGAGUUGUGUCUUAGCCAGAGAUCCCUACUGCGGCUGGAACGGCACCCACUGCACCCCUGAGACACAAGGCACAAUGCAGGAUCUUGCUCGAGGGAACCAUGCCAUCUGCACGUCUUUGCCAAAUAAUGAGCUCCCUGCAAAAGCAUUUAGAUAUUCAGCUUAUAGACAUACAGACAAGAACAUGGACAUCAUCGGAGUUCCCUCUCACUCCAGGUAUUUCCUCCAGUGCCCGGUGUCAUCCCAUCAUGCCCAAUAUACCUGGUAUCACCCUAAAAAUUCCACAUCCUGCAACCCGAGGGAGCGGCAGUGCCUUCUUCUUAUUGACAGCAUGGGUCCAGAGCAGGAGGGAGAGUACACGUGUAAGUCGGAGGAGAUGGGCUACCAAAGAGUCGUCGCAAAGUACGAGCUACAGCUGAGGGCCAGGUCGGCAGGACACUCAUUAAGCCCAGUGGCUUGGGUUUGUCUAAUGGCUGUUCUGAUCAAGAAUUUGUCCAGUGAAUGAUUACGAAUGACUAAGCCUGUCGAGGAAGAAGUGUGUCUGCAGUCAUACUGCAGCUGGCGUCGCAGCAUUUUAAGCGAAAUGAAAAUCUCUUAUUUUAUGACCAAAUAAAAACGAAAUCUAAAUCUAAAUACAAAAUAAUUUUACCGCGCUUUCACUGGCAUUUAAAUAAAGGUCAUUUUCAAGUGCAGUGGACAUAAUCAUGAAUCGCAAUGAAUACAAUCUUGCCAGCAAUUUCCUUUGUUCAUUAUGGAACCUAAAAUCUAUAAUUUUUAUGCUACAUAAUAGUAAGACUAAUAUGUCUUCAAAUGCAUAUUUUGGAAAAAAAAAAUACAGUAGAGGUUGUGUUUUAUCAAUUCACUGCGCUUGUUUGUUGUUUAACCCUUAGCAGUGUAUUCUUUUUUAACAGGUAAUAAUGCAACAAUUAUUGUUUAUUUUGGUUUUUAUUCUAUGUGAAAUUCUGCCUGAACUAAUGUGACAUACCCUCAGGACUGUCCUUUCUUGCAUUCUACCUCAGUCUUGCUGGAUCAGGUCUUGCUUGGCUUUGAGUUACAACAGAUGGAGUCAUGUUCAGUUUGGCAAAACUUCUGUUGCCAAAUGAAAGACAACCCUUUGAUAUAUUGUGAAAAAUGCUGAGAUGUGGCAAACGAUGGAUGAGAAACAGUAAGUGAUUGCUGUGGGACAUACAGUCAAACAUAUCAGCUGAUACAAAUGAAUCUGCAGUGUGCGCCUGCAUUUUCUAACCUUUUUUCUACUUUCAGUCACCUUAAAUUCAGAGUUUUAGCACUUUAUAUGUUGUAAAAACAAAUGUGAUGGAUAUGAUGUGUGUGACAUCUUUAAAAGGUCCGUUAACCAACAUCACACACGUUACAGCUUUGAUUCAAGGUUUUGAGUAGAUAACUCAAAAAGGUUGAUCUAUUUAAAUCUCAUCUUUAGUGAAAAUGAAAAUCACCAUCUCACAGCCACUCAGAGUAAUUAGUAAAGCCAUACAGUGACAAAAUCACAUUGUUGUAAUGAAGAUUGCAUUUUUAAAAUCUCUUCAUGCAUUCCUUCAUUUCAACCAAAUCACACACACACCAAAAAAAGAGGACUGUGUGUGUGUGCUCUGUUGGUUGUGGAAUGCUGCUUUUCAUUGUUUCUGAUGAAUAAAAUACGUAAGUUAUUUCAUCUUGUCCAUUAUGGCCAUGUUUGUCGUGGUUGUUGAAUGAUCUGCAAAUUUUACUUUUCAUCUGUACUUUCAAGUUGUGAUAUUGUACUUUGCAUUAGCAUUUUAUUUUUAUAAGAGAAGAAAAUAACUUAAAUCGUG